UACUUAGCCAUGCAAAUUUUCGCAAAAACCCUAAAGGGUAAGACCAUCACGCUUGAGGUCGAGCUUUCUGAUACCAUUGAGCAUGUCAAGGCUAAAAUUCAAGAUAAAGAAGGAAUUCCACCAGAUCAACAGCGGUUAAUUUUCGCUGGGAAGCAACUGGAAGAUGAUCGCACAUAUUCAGAAGGAGUCUACCUUACAUUCAGUAUGAUACUCCGGCUUAGGGGUGGUGCGAAGAAACGCAAGGAGAAGAACUACUCAACCCUAAAGAAGAUUAAACAUAAGAGGAAGGAUGUUAAGUUGGAGGUUUAAAAUUAUUAUAAGGUCGACUAGAACGGACAAAUACAUCGUCUCCGUCGAGCAUGCCCAGGUGAAAACUGUGGGGCUGGUGUUUUUAUGGCCGCUCAUGAAGAUUGGCAUUAUUGUGGAAAAUGCCAAUUAACUUUCGUUUUUUUUUUUUCAAAACCAGGUGUCGAAUACUCCUUGUAG